UCAGUCAGUUGACAGGGCAAAACACGGCAGGAGACCCGAGAAAGAGAGGAGACAUGGACCAUCAUCAGAUUGACAGGGUGGGCCUCUUGUCUCCCCUGGAGGAGUCCAGUGCCGAAAUAAGCAGAGACAGCGGCAUCGUCUCCCAAAGUGCGAGCAGUUUGUCCAUGGUGAGCGAAAUCCUCAGCAGCGGCACGGUGUCGCAGAGCCCCAGCUUCGGCGCGGUAGCUAACGUUAUCCCUCAAAGCCCAAGCCUCAACGAAGCAGCAGAGCCCGGGACGACCGACCAGCACGACUCGGAGCAGGACGACGAGGUCCUGAGACACACCGCCCUCAGCUACUCCAAUUACAUCAGAGCGACAGCUGGAGAAGAGAUCCUGUGCUUGGAAAAGAGCUUGGAAGAAAUGCUGACCAGAGUCGAUGAGUUUGUUGGAAUGCUGGACAUGAUCCGUAAUGACACUUCCCAGAUAGUGAAUGAAAACCUACCUCAAAUCCAGCAGAAGUCUGAUGAAAUGAGACAAAUAUACAGAAGAAUUGAUAAGUUAGAGGCCUUUGUAAAGAUGGUGGGAGCCAAUGUCAGCGCCAUGGAGGAGCAAGUCACGCAGGCAGAGGGAGAGCUAGGAACACUACCUGGUGCUUUCAAGAAGAUCCUUCGCACAAUGAGUGUCCCAGGCUUCUUAAAUAAACCGGCCAGCCCAAGAAGACCAGCACCACAUCAGCGUCAAGAGAUCCCCAGUGUGUUUCGGACAGAUGAUUAUUUCACAUCACAGCCAGAACAGUGACACGCUAGAACAUUUAACUUAACAUAACUUGGUCUAACCUCAGAGGCCUAUUUGGGUGAAACUGUAGAGACAACUUUUACUGCCAUCCAUUGCAAGAGGAUCUAUUGGUACAGCGGCCUCAACAAAGCAAUAGUAGCCUUUCUGAACAAGUCACUGGAAGUCAAGUGCGUGAAGACACUCAGCAUUUUUUAGUGUCCUGGCAGCAACAAGCACUGAACUGUAGCAAAAUGAUUUUAAAAGUGCCUAAAUGGGUCUUCUUUCUGUCAGUCUUGUUUUCAACAGUUGUGAAGAAAACAAUGUCAGCUGUUAAAUGUGACAAGUAAGGAGGACAAAGUCAACCCACUGUAAAGAAGGUACAAUAGGAGGACCUGUAAACAUCUAAAGAUGUAUUACACGAAGAAUUAACCCAGCGUUUUUUUAUAAAUUACAUUCCUGUUACUGGUGUUUGUAAAAAACCUGCACGCUGUUAUGAAUUAAUCUGUAUUUCUAAUAUCUCAUCACUCUCCCCAAGCAAUAUUGAUCUCAUCCAGUUAAGCAUUUAAUGUCUUCCACUUCAAAAUAUUCACUUAAUUGCAAGCCUGACUUUACUGGCUAUGGAUGACAGUUGCCCCAAUGAUGUGGGGCUACAUUUAAUGGCACCUUUAAAAAAGAAAAAAAAAAAAAGAAGCACACUAUUGAUAAAUUGUAUUCGUUUCACAAGUCCAACUAUCUGAUGAAUCAAAGUCUGGGCCAGUGAUGAAAAUGUGAUGUGGCCCUUACCCUUCGAACAAGGUUUAAUGAGUAAUGGUCGCAGUGGUGAUUCGUUUUUGGAUUAAUUAUUUGCCAAAAUAGCUAGGAAUAAAGAUGUUUCAUUUACAGGUUGAUUUUGGUUUACGUUUUUAAAAUAAUCAUUAAAGUUUUAUUUGAGACAA